AUGACAGGUUACGGAGCUCUAGCAUCGAUGAUAGCAAGCCACCAGAAUGCCGAAGCUUUCAGGAAGUUCUCGAGCAUGAACAUGGAGAACAUAUUGCACAUGCAAGCUGAGUUGCAACAUCUAGAAGUGGUGAUCAAUGAAGUUAGGAAGAUCCCGGCGUUGAACAGCUUCGACAGGAUCUGGAUCGAAUGCCCUGAACACAUGUCAGAAGGCGAUAUACGUAAAAUAUUUGAGCGGUCAAGGGCCCUGCUGGACGAGUAUUAUCGAACCCUCUUGCAGACGGCGAGAAUCAACGCCAUGCAUGGUCCCCAAAAGAACAAUUUGGAGCUGCGGCGGCAGUGGUACGACGAAGAAAGUGGUGGCAACCAAUUCUUAUACGGCGUGGAAGCCGGCAUCUUUCGUGACCAUGAUAACGAUGCGGACUUGAUGACACUGAAAGAGAACCUGGAGAGCAAAGACGCAUUGGCCAGAUUCUUGAGCCGAAGAAUAGUGCCGCUGUAUCAUCGUGUCGUUGGGCACAGGAUUCACCGGACGAUGGCAGAGAAAGCAUUCGAACGAACGUGCUAUUAUACGCCCGAGACAUUGGUGCAAGUGGGCAAUACCAUUUGCAUGCUCCUGUCCGCAGUCAUACCGGCUCUGUCAAUACUGGUAUUGUUCAGUGUGCAGAGCAUUGGAGGUCGAUUAAUCGCCAUUAGCCUCAUGAGCCUGGUCUUUUCAUUGGUGAUGAAUGUGAUUGCUCAAAGACGAGCUGACGUGUUUAUGUCUACCACGGCCUUUGCUGCGGUUCUCGUGGUAUUUGUUGGGAGUGCAAACGUGAUGGACAAUUGA